CCAGGCAUGUGCCUCUGUCACUCACCGGCCUGCAGCUGCACGUUGCUGUCCCUCUGUGUUCCCAGCACACUGCCGGCUCUCUGCUCCCGGCCCUCCCCUCGCUGCCCCUCUGCAGCCUGACAAAACUUUUCUUACUUUCCUAAUUUAAUUCAAAACAGGAAGUUUUGGAAGAUCUGAGCAAAGACAGUUGGACGUCGUUUGCUUUUGCUCCAUCAUGGCCUUCAUACGAAGCUGGGUAGUCGCCCUCCUGCUGGUGCUGUCGCCGCUGCAGCUUCCACACUCUGGCUUAGCCCAGGAUGUGGCUGAGGAGGAAGAGGAGGAAGAGGACACAAGACAUGCAGAGGAAGCUGAGGAUGAAGAUGGGGAAGGUGCUGAGGAAGACGAAGAGGUAGGAGCGGCGGAUGAAGAAGAAACUGACGAGGAGGAAGCUGAAGAAGAACAGGAGGAUGAGGAGGAAGGAGAGGAAGAAGAGGAGGAAGGAGAGGAAGAGGCUGCAGAUGUAGAUGAUGAAAGCGAUGGAGAAGAGGAGGAAGAUGACGAUGAGGAAGAAGAUGAAGCAUCAGAGUCAGAUGACGGAAGUGAAGAGGAAGAGGAUGACGAAGAAGACGACGAGGCUGCAGACCAUGAAGUAGCUAAUGAUGAGGAAGAGGAUGAUGAUGAAGCUGCAGACGAUGAAGAUGAGGAAGAGGAAGGCGACGCUGAGGAAGAGGAAGCAGAGGAUCAUCCUGCUGAAGAUGAAGAAGAUGAAGAGGAAAACACAGCAGAUGACGCCGAUGAGACAAACGAAGAGGAGGAAACUUCAGACAAGCAGCAGUUCCACUCUGGAUCGCUGUGCAGCGUUUGCUCCAUCUGCGAGCGUUGCUCUGAGCUCUGUGAUAAGUGUCCGUGUGCGGAGGGAGACGAGUCGGAUCACUGUGAGCGCUGCGAAGAUUGCUCGUCCUGCUACAUCUGCCCCAUCCUGUGUGACACCGUUUGCACUCCAGGCGGUUUCGUCGAUGAACUGACCGGAUCCAUCUUUCAGUCCGUUUCUUCUCUACUUUGAGCAAAAUGCACAGAAGCUUCUUCCACGAAGAUGAUUGGGAUAAAACUGUUAGUUCAACAGCAAAACAAGGACUUGACAUCCAGCAGGAGUUAGUCUCCAGUCAUUGUUUAUGUCCUGAUUAAAGCUUUAAUGUUAUUAAGAGCUGGGAGGUCAGGUUGUGAGGUUUAUUACAUUUUUUGUAUGAAUUUUAUUGUAAAAAAAUAAAAAUAAAAGCUACAGUCACUCAUUUCAUGUUGGGGUAAAAAUAUAAAUAAAAGUUGUAAGUAA